CAGUUUCAACUUGAACGUAGGCAUUAGCGGAUCACGGCACUCCGCUAGAACACCUACUAAAUAGAAUAGAGUGAAAUGCUAAUCAAAUAUUUGACUUUGGUCCUGCUGGGCUUAACCUUGUCCACGCAGUUUGGCGUGCAGGGAGCGGACGAAACUGAAACUAUUAACUACAGAUUGCCCGACAGCAUAAAUCCGGUUCACUAUGAUCUUUAUCUGCAUCCGGAUAUUGAGACGGGCAACUUCACCGGUCAAGUGCUGAUACAAGUGACCACAGUGACAGCCAUCACGGAAAUUGUGCUGCAUUCGAAUAACUUAGAGAUCAGCAAUGUUUAUUUGUCAAAUACGAACAAUCCCACAGUAUUUGUUAAGAACUAUUCAUUGGACUCGGUGCGCGAGUUCUUGGUGAUCGAGUUGAGUGAGGAACUGGCGGCUGGGCUCACCUUCAGGGUUGGCAUAUUGUUUGGCGGCAGUAUGGCUGGUAAAAUUGUUGGACUCUAUAGUUCGUCGUAUACUAAGGCGGAUAAAUCGAAGAAAGUCAUAGCCACCUCCAAAUUUGAGCCAACAUACGCACGUCAAGCGUUUCCCUGCUUUGAUGAACCCGCGAAGAAGGCGACUUUUACCGUGACAUUGGUCACGCCCUCAGAGGGAGACUACCAUGCGCUCUCAAAUAUGGAUAUUCUGAAUGACUCGUACCAGGGUAAAUAUACGGAGGUUUACUUCAACAAGAGCGUACCCAUGAGCACAUAUCUGUCAUGUUUCAUCAUUUCGGAUUUUACAUACAAAUCGGCCGAUAUCGAAACUAACGAUAUUGGCGUGCCGUUUACCUUGCGUGUCUUUGCGACACCUGAACAAAUUGAUAAAGUCGAUUUUGCGCUAGAAGUGGGCAAAGGUGUUAUGGAAUUCUAUAUACAAUAUUUCCAAAUUGAGUAUCCAUUGCCGAAAAUGGAUAUGAUCGCUAUACCGGACUUUGUAUCCGGCGCAAUGGAGCACUGGGGCCUGGUGACUUAUCGGGAGACCGCCUUGUUGUACGAUGAGAAUACCAGUUCGUCGGCGAAUCGGCAAAGUGUGGCUCAAGUUAUUGCACAUGAGUUCUCUCAUAUGUGGUUCGGAAAUUUGGUUACAAUGCAAUGGUGGAACGAUUUAUGGCUAAACGAGGGUUUCGCCAGAUAUAUGGAAAACAAAGGCAUAAAUGCCGUAUAUCCCGAGUGGCUAAUGCUUGAUCAAUUUAUUGUGGCACGUUUACACGAUGUUCUCGUACUGGAUGCGACCUUGGGUUCGCAUCCCAUCGUACAGACUGUCGAGAGUCCCGCCCAGAUAACGGAAAUAUUUGACUUGAUCACAUAUGGCAAAGGUGCUUCGAUUAUACGCAUGUUGGAAGACUUUAUUGGCGCUGAUAACUUCCAAAAAGCUGUCUCAAAUUACUUAGACGAAUUCAAAUUUAAGAAUGCUGUGACCGAUGAUUUCUUAAAUGAAGUUCAAAAAUUGAUUACCGAUAUUGAUGUGAAAUCAAUUUUGCAAACUUGGACGGUGCAAAUGGGUUUCCCUGUUGUUAAUGUUGAGCAGUUGUCCACAACGCAAUAUCGCCUGACACAAAAACGCUUCUUCUCAAAUCCCAACGAUUACAGUUCGGAAGUCGAUGAGUCACCAUACAAUUACACUUGGUCAAUACCGAUCACCAUAUUAGUAAAUGAUCUCCCAGUCCAGCGUGAAUGGUUCUUACACAAUUCCACAUAUCUUGAUAUCAACCUUGAUACGCCGGCGCAAUGGAUCAAGUUCAAUACCGACCAGGUGGGCUUGUAUCGUGUAAAUUAUCCCGAUGAAUUGUGGAAGAAUUUAGCUAAUGAAUUACUAUCGGAUCCAUUGACUUUCAGCAGAGGCGAUCGUGCUCAUCUACUAAAUGAUGCCUUCUCGUUAGCCGAUGCCACACAGCUAUCCUACGAUAUAGCGCUUGAUUUGACCAAAUAUUUAGUUAAAGAGCAGGAUUAUAUACCGUGGCGGGUGGUGGUGACAAAACUACUCACACUCAAAAACGCGCUAAUGUAUUCGGAAACCUAUAUAAAUUUUAAACAGUAUGCGCGUCAAUUAAUAACGCCGAUCUAUGAAGAACUUGGCUGGGAGCUAGGCGAAGACCAUCUAGAAAAUCGUUUUCGCGCAAUGGUGCUCAAUGCAGCUUGCUCUCUUGGGGUCGAAGCGUGCUUGCAAGACGCCGCAGUACAUUUCCAAGCAUGGCUAGCUAAUCCAACCGUACGACCACAUCCGGAUUUACGCGAAACCGUCUACUACUAUGGCAUGAUGACGGUUGGAGAUGAGAGUUCAUGGGAUGCUAUGUAUGAGCUUUUCCUUGCUGAGGAGGAUGCUACAGAAAGGUUGAAGCUAAUGAAUGGCUUAGCGGCGGUACAGGUUCCUUGGAUCUUAAGCGCUUACAUCACGCUCGGUUGGUCCGAGGAUGUUGUGCGCGGUCAAGAUUACUUUAAUUUCUUGAUCUAUAUAGCAAGUAAUCCGGUGGGUGAGCCGCUUGUCUGGGAAUUUGUGCGUGAGCAAUGGCCCACUUUGGUGGCGCGUUUCGGUAUCAAUGAGCGCACUUUGGGUAAUUUAAUACCGUCAAUUACUGCUAGGUUCGAUACGCAAACCAAACUGGAAGAUAUGGAAUUUUUCUUUGCUAAAUACCCAGAGGCAGGUGCAGGCGCGGCGGCGCGUGUGCGUGCGCAGGAGACCGUUAAGAACAAUAUUGAAUGGCUGAAGAAUAAUGAUAAAGUUAUUGCCAAUUGGCUGGAGAAAAACUUAUCGUAAAUGUGCAGAAGACUUUGGAAAUAUCUUUUCAAUUUAGCUAUUGAUAAAAUUGUUUAU